GGAUGUGACCGCGAAACUCUCUUUCCUUCUCGUCUUUACUUCCUAACACUGAUCAGCGAUCCAGCUCCACCUUCAUCGCUCAUACACACCAUGGCAUCCUGCUCACGACUCAACACCGCCAUGACUCUUGGUCUUCAGCGCUCACUUCUGAACAGCUCCCGGACAGCUGCUGCAUCCCGCACCCGGUUCUCUUUUGCUAAUCACGCCUCCCUCCGAUCCUACACAUCCACCACGACCAACAGCAACCCCUCGAAACCGACCUCGACUUUUAUUCAAAACCCUACCUUCAAAAGCACCUCAGGCCUCAACCAGUCCCAACACAGCCCCCAGUUCAGGGCUCAAACAACUCAACUCCCUAGUGUGGCCUCGCGCACGCCUCUCUACAUCCUCCUCGGCGUCCUUGGUGUCUCCUUCUGGGCUGGAUCCGUGGCCGUAGCCGCGAAUCACCAACGUCAGGGCACGAGCAUCGUCCGAGGUACACUCUUCAAUGUCAAGUUCGAUACCAAGGCACAGGAAUUGCUCGGUGAUAAUAUUGAUUUCACGAACAAGAGCUGGCCCUGGAUCUCGGGUACGGUUGCCCAUCUGAAGGGACGGGUCGAUAUCGAAUACCAGGUCCGGGGGGAUAAAGCCGAGGGAAGAGUACAUUUUGUGGCGGUCCGUCCGGCGAAGCAGUGGGUGACCACGGACUUUACGCUGACGAUGCCCGAUGGGACGUGUGUGCCCCUGGGAGAGCAUAUGCUCUUGCCUGAACUUACAAACAACCAGUUCUGAAGGAGACAAGAAAAUAUCCACAUAGUGAAAGAAUAAAGAUAUAAUGUUCGAUCCAUGA